AUGACGACUGCUGGUGCUUCUCCCUCGAGCUCGCCUCGAUUGCCCAGUCCGCCGCCGUUCACUGAGGUGCAGAUUGGGCCCCAAUCCCCUACUGUUGGCGAAGGGUUCGGGGCUACCAGCGAAGAGAUCCUGGGUUUGCCCCAUGAGCCUGACGAUGCGUCGAUGCGGAGAAUACGACCGGGAACCAAAUCUGCGGAUAUGUCGGCGGGGCCUCCCCUAGUUCCCCUCUCUCAACUCGAUUCCCCAUUUCAAUUACAGGAGCACCUUAAAGCAUUAUAUCAGCACUACACUAGGCCUACCGACUCCUCGACUCUAAAUCCCAUAACCCGUGACAUUGCGCGGGAUCUCGCAGAGCCUCCGGAGGGAGUAGAACGGUCGCUAUGGCUUUAUGAGCUCUGUCGAUUCCUCACCAUGAAAGCGAACAACCUCAUCGUCGCUUUUUUUGCGGAAGAUCCUCCUUGUUCUGCUCAAACAUGCCCCGAAAUGCGUGCAUCCGAAUGGCAAUACUUAUGUGCCGUCCACGAUCCUCCAAAAUCAUGUUGUGCUAUUGAUUACUGCUGUCACACUCUUGACUGGGCUGCGAAUAUCUUGACAUCUCCAAAAUACUUCCCGAGCAGAUUGACUCUUGGCUCGGAGUCAUCCGGGGGACCCCAAACGAGCAUGAAGCACCUUACCAACAUUUUCCGCCGUGUUUAUCGGAUAUUUGCCCAUGCAUGGUUCCAACAUCGUGAGGUAUUUUGGCAGGUUGAAGGCCACGACGGUCUGUAUAUUUUCUUUAAGACGGUCUGCGACGUCUAUAAUCUCAUUCCAGAGGACAACUAUACGGUCCCAAAAGAAGCAGAAGGACUCCAGCCACCCAGCAAUCCAGACCCGGAGCAUGACUCCAAUAAACGAAUGACCAUUAUGCGGAAAGAAUCAGAAACUCGAGCAGAGAAGCCAACUACAGACGAACAGUCAGAGCAGACCAUGUUAAAUGUUGCAGCUACCACCAGGCGGCAUAAAGCCACUCCCUCAGUCGGGGCCAUUGUUCCGACUAUCACAGAAGCAGCAGAAGACGACGACGACGACACAAACAAAAAUAGGCAGCUACCUGAUGAGGAAGACUCUGAUUUAAAACUCCCCGAUCCUUCAGUUUCUGAAACAAAACCCGGUCAAUCGUCAGUCCCAUCCGUAGAAGCUCCCGCGAAUGACGAAAACUUGACUGAAACACGCGCACCUGACGAUGACGGGAUGGAGAAAUCGGGAGCAAUCACACCGCCACCGGUCGAGCCAACAUCAGAGAGCGAUUCACAAGAGCAGAGCGAAAAAUCCAAUGACUCUCCCAAACAGGAAGAAUCGAAUGAUUCCCUCGUAAACAAAGAAAUAGACGUCUUCGAACCAGAUACUCCAGUUGACGAUUCGAAAGCUAUCGAGGUAGAUUUGCCAAAAGAAGACCCAACAAUCCCCGAAUCAGAAACGCCGAAACCAGAAAACGACUCCUCUGAUGAGAUUACUGAUAUUGACCCUGUUAGUCCCGAUCUCCCGGGAAGUCCAGGCAGCCCUGAAGCCCCUACUACCGCAAUUGAAGUCAAAGCUGCUGACUCGGACAAACCUUUCUGAACUUGUCUCUCGUCUCAGCAUGCUACGAUUGAUAAUUCGCCUUUUUUGCCUAUUUUUCGUUCUUUUAAAAUCAUCUGCUUCUUCCUCAAGGAAACUUUUCAGCGCCUCUUUAUCCAGAAUAUAUAUUUAUAAUCCGCUUUAAUGUGUGUACAUGAUAUACCGUAUGUAGAUGUAUGUCUUAGUCGUCUUUUAUUCUCUCAUUUUCAUUCAUGGUUCGUGCUUACAUACUUCUUUCUGAGCCGCUAUUCUCAAAUGAGGAAUUCCGGGGCUCCCCUUCCUGUUCGAUUCUCUACCCCCUUCGCUUUUCUAUCAAGCGCAAAUCGCUUUUAUUCUACUGAAGAAAAUUGAUUGUGGCGCUAGAAUGUAUCGAGUAUAUGUAUAUGGCAGUAUAAUUGGAUAGAUACCCUUGCCAACUCACCUACGGUUAUUUUCAUUUGUUAUCGAAAGAUGUCUUUUUCUGUUUCUUUUCCUCUCCGUAUUGGAAAAUGUCUAGGGGACGAACAAUUACGAUUUCAACCUUUUAAC